AUGGGAGGGAGGGAUCAAGAGGGGGAGAUGAACAACAUCAACGGAGGGGAAGCGGCAGCGAGCGCUGAUCGUGAGAGGCAGGCGACCACCGCGGCGUCGCGCGUGCAGCUGUACCGAAUGUUCGCCUUCGCGGACAGGACGGACGGGGCGCUGAUGGCGGUGGGCGCGGCCUCGGCGGUGGCCAACGGCAUGGCGCAGCCGCUCAUGACCUUCAUCUUCGGCGACGUCAUCGACGCCUUCGGCUCCGCCGCCGACUCGCCGGAGGACGUGCUGCACAAAGUCACCAAGGUGAUCAUUAACUUCGUUUACCUUGGCAUUGGAGCAGGACUGAUUUCAACACUCCAGGUGUCAUGCUGGACAAUCACUGGAGAAAGACAGGCAGCACGAAUCAGAGCUUUGUAUCUCAAGUCUAUUCUCAGACAGGACAUUGCAUUUUUUGACAAGGAUAUGAGCACUGGGCAAGUUGUUGAGAGGAUGUCUGGAGACACAUUCCUCAUUCAAGAUGCCAUUGGAGAAAAGGUUGGCUUGUGCAUACAGCUCCUUUCUACCUUUUUUGGAGGCUUCAUUGUUGCAUUUGUGAGAGGAUGGCUCCUGGCACUUGUUAUGCUCUCAAGCAUUCCACCAGUAGCUGUGGCGGGUGCUAUUAUGUCAAGGAUGAUGACAAAGCUCUCCAGCAGAAUGCAAGCAAAAUAUGGUGAUGCUGGAGACAUUGUUGAGCAAACUAUUGGGACCAUUCGAACGGUUGUUUCAUUUAAUGGUGAGAAGCAAGCUAUAACAACAUAUAACAAGUUCAUAAGAAAGGCAUAUGAUUCUGCUCGACGAGAAGGUGCUGUCAGUGGCCUCGGAGUAGGUUCAAUAAUGGGAAUCUUGUUUUGCAGUUAUGGGUUAGCAGUUUGGUAUGGAUCUAAAUUGAUAAUCGACCGAGGAUACAAUGGUGGCAUGGUUAUCAAUGUUAUAAUGGCUGUUAUGGUCGGUGCAAUGUCCUUAGGUCAGGCAGCACCAUCAAUAACAGCUUUUGCAGAAGGUCAAGGAGCAGCAUACAGGAUGUUCAAGACAAUUGAAAGACAACCAGAUAUUGAUGUAUAUGACACCACAGGCAUCAUGUUGGAAGACAUUAAGGGUGAUGUUGAACUGAAAGAUGUGUACUUCAGCUAUCCUACCAGGCCUGAACAUUUGGUAUUUCAUGGAUUCUCCUUACGAGUACCAAGUGGCAUGACAAUUGCCCUAGUUGGAGAGAGUGGCAGUGGAAAGUCAACUGUGGUCAGUUUGGUGGAGAGAUUCUAUGAUCCACAGUCUGGGGAAAUCUUGAUUGAUGGAAUUGACAUUAGAAGAAUGAAUCUUGGCUGGAUAAGAGGGAAAAUUGGUCUAGUCAGCCAAGAGCCAGUGUUGUUCUCAAGCACGAUCAGGGAAAAUAUUGCCUACGGGAAGGAUAAUCUUACUAUUGAAGAGAUCAAAAGUGCAAUCGAGUUAGCAAAUGCAGCGAAUUUCAUUGAUAAAUUGCCAAAUGGUAUUGAAACGAUGGUUGGGGAACGUGGUACUCAACUGUCUGGAGGGCAGAAGCAAAGAAUAGCAAUUGCUAGAGCGAUUAUAAAAAACCCUAGGAUAUUGCUACUUGAUGAAGCAACCAGCGCGCUGGAUAUGGAAUCUGAGAGGGUAGUUCAAGAAGCUUUGGAUAGGGUAAUGUUAGAAAGGACUACAAUCAUUGUUGCUCAUCGCCUAAGCACAGUAAAGAAUGCUGAUGUCAUAUCUGUCCUACAAAAUGGGAAGAUUGUAGAACAAGGUUCACGUGCAGAACUGGUGAAGAAACCUGAAGGUGCUUACUCUCAGCUGAUUCACCUGCAAGAGACCCUGCAGGAAGCAGAAGCCCCUAAUGUUGACCCUGGGUCAACCAGUAAAGGCUCCUCCUUUGGGCAUAGUGGUAGACAUAUCGUUCCUGCUCCAUUUGGCCUAUCUGAUCCCAUGGAAUUCAACAAUGGUCAAGACCUAGAGGAGACCGCAGACAAAAUAUCUAGUAGUCGAAAGAAAGCUCCAAUUCGUCGACUCUUCUAUCUGAAUAAACCAGAGGCUCUCGUUCUUGCUCUUGGUUCGAUAACUGCUGCAGUGCAUGGAACCAUUUUUCCUGUAUAUGGAAUAUUGAUUUCAAGCGCAAUAAAGACGUUCUAUGAACCGCCAGCAGAACUACUGAAGGACUCAAGGUUCUGGGCAAGCAUGUUUGUCAUGCUGGGUGCUUCCGCACUUGUUCUGAUUCCAAUAGAGUACUUCCUGUUUGGAGUAGCAGGUGGGAAGCUUGUGGAGCGCAUACGGUCGCUGACAUUUGAACGUAUCAUGCACCAGGACAUUGACUGGUUUGAUAAACCUGAACACUCCAGUGGAGCAAUAGGUGCAAGGCUAUCGACUGAUGCUCUGAACGUGAAGCGACUUGUUGGAGACAACUUAGCACUUAAUGUCCAGACUGUAUCAACCAUCAUAGUAGGUUUCACGAUAGCUAUGGUGGCAAACUGGAAGCUGGCAUUGAUUAUCACAGUGGUGGUUCCUUUGGUAGGUUUCCAAGCCUAUGCUCAAAUGAAGUUUCUGAAAGGUCCCAAUAAAAAUGCAAAGUUAAAGUAUGAGGAAGCAAGUCAAGUAGCAACCGAUGCCGUUGGAGGCAUCAGAACUGUCGCGUCGUUUUGUGCAGAGCAGAAGGUGAUGGAUGCCUAUGUACAGAAAUGUGAGUCUCCAACAAGGCAAGGAAUGAAGGAAGGUGUUGUUGGUGGCUUGGGAUUUGGGUUCUCAUUCCUUGUGUUUUACCUUACCUAUGCUCUCUGCUUCUACGUCGGUGCAAAGUUUGUCCAUGAUGGAAAAGCAACAUUUCCUGAAGUGUUUCGGGUCUUCUUCGUGCUAGUUUUGGCUACUAGUGGGAUCUCACGAACAAGCGCAAUACGUGCGGAUAGCACCAAGGCUAAUGAAUCAGCCAUCUCGGUAUUCAAAAUUCUUGACAGUCGGUCCAAGAUAGAUUCCAGCAGCGAGGAGGGUACGGUCAUUGCACGUGUGAGGGGCAAUAUUGAGUUCAAGAACGUGUGCUUCUACUACCCCUUACGCCCAAGUGUUCAAAUUUUCAACGAUCUAUCGUUGAACAUUCCUUCUGGACAGACGGCUGCCCUUGUUGGAGAAAGUGGAAGUGGGAAGUCCACCGCAAUUGCGCUGCUGGAGAGGUUCUAUGACCCGAAUUCAGGCAAGAUCCUUCUCGACGGUGUGGAACUUCAGACCCUCAAGGUUAGCUGGCUCCGGCUGCAGAUCGGGCUGGUGGCACAAGAGCCAGUGCUGUUCAACGACACCAUCCGCGCCAACAUAGCCUAUGGAAAGCAAGGGGAGGCCUCCGAAGAAGAGAUCGUCUCUGCUGCCGAAGCAUCCAAUGCACACCAGUUCAUCUCCGGGCUGCCCGACGGGUACGAUACCGUCGUCGGCGAGAGAGGGAUCCAGCUGUCGGGUGGACAGAAGCAGCGUGUGGCCAUCGCGAGGGCCAUCGUGAAGGACCCCAAGGUGCUCUUGCUGGACGAGGCAACGAGCGCUCUGGACACUGAGUCGGAGCGGGUGGUGCAGGAGGCGCUAGACCGGGUGAUGGUUGGGAGGACGACAGUGGUCGUUGCGCAUCGCUUGUCGACUGUAAAAGGUGCCGACAUCAUCAGCGUAGUCAAGAAUGGAACGAUAGUGGAGAAAGGAAGGCAUGAAGAACUGAUGCGGAUAAAAGAUGGCGCCUACGCGUCCCUUGUUGAGCUUGGCGCCACUUGA